UUUUGUCCUGAACGGCUCCGCCAGCGCAUUCUUUAGCAAACCGGAAUAACGUAGAGCUGACAGUUCAAACCACAGCUACAGACGCGGCGUCAGACGGGGGGUUUACAGCUACACCACCCCUCGUUCAGUCCCGAGCUACUCGACGUCUCUCGGUCUAACCACAGGCGGAACCGUGUCGUUAUCGCGGACUAAAGGGAGACUUUCAGCGGGACGGAAAGGAAGAGAACCAGGCAUCCGGUUAGACGCGCUGGCUCACCGGGCUGGAGUCCAACUUGAGCCGGACACUUUCAGCUGUACUCGUCGGGAUGCAUGCUGGACUUGUUCUUAACAAUAUUUACUCCUCUUUUUGAAUAUUAUGUGUUAUAUAGGAAUCGAUUAGGCUCGCGCGGGAUUGUUUUUGUUAGUAACGUUCGUUAGUUGUCUAAUAUAAGAAAUCUUUGGAGAGCUAACGUUAGUUCAGACGUGAUUUAUCUACUCAGCUGGCUGGGCAGAUAGUUUAGGUUGUCGAUCAGAUAAGUCGUCUAAAUAGAUUGCUUACAUAAUACAUUUGUUUUGUUACCGGUAUAGUUACAUUUUUAAGUUAAUCCAGCUUUCUUACCGCCUCUUUGCCCAAGUCUCUCAUAGGGUUUGGUUUGUGUGUCUAUGCAUAUUUUUCGCAAGCAAACCUGUUCAGAGUUCUUGACUGGUUAGGUCUUGCUACCAGAAUAAUAGUAGGUUUAUAAAGGCAGGAAAAACCACAGAACAGAUUUGCCUAUCUAAUCUCAAACUAGUCUGUCGGUUCUUCCCAUAUCCAGUUUGUUUUCUUUUAAAAGGUCUGUAUUGGUGAGGCUCAAGCUGGCUGGCAGGUGAUAUUUUCUGCCUGAAUCCUCUGAGCUGGGCUGACUGAUAGCUAUGACAUUUUCCAACAGUUGUUUUGUAUCUUCAGACUUCAAUAUUUCCAGUUUCUGCUCUUGGUGCCAACGUUGUAUUAGUAAUAUUAGCUAACAAAAGCUCAGUUCGCCCCUCCAAAGUAGUUACGGCAUAUCUAGUUGUGACAUUUUUACUAGUUAGGUCAAGUUUUCCUUCCUUUUUUUUGCUACUAGUGUGUGAAUUAGUACCAGCUGACUUGGUGGCUGGUUCGAAACGGUAUCAAACUCAACAGUUUGUAUCGCGUUAGUGUAUUUUUGUAAAAUCGUGGAAAGAUAUACCUUUUCAGUGAGACCAGGUCAAGUUUAGCGGUAAUUUUUCGUAUCUCAGAGUUGAAUAAAAAUGUCAGGACAGUCCAUCACCGAUCGCAUCGCAGCGGCCCAGCACAGCAUGACUGGAUCAGCCAUCAGCAAAGCUGUCUGCAAGGCCACAACGCAUGAAGUCAGUGGACCCAAAAAGAAACAUCUCGAUUACUUGAUCCACUGCACCAAUGAGAUGAAUGUGAACGUGCCCCAGCUGGCUGACACUCUGUUCGAAAGAACCACCAACAGCAGCUGGGUUGUGGUCUUCAAAGCGCUCAUCACUACACACCACAUAAUGAUGUAUGGAAAUGAGCGUUUCAUUCAGUAUCUGGCCUCAAGAAACACACUCUUCAAUCUGAACAAUUUCCUUGAUAAAGGUGCAUUGCAAGGCUACGACAUGUCCACGUUCAUCAGGCGGUACAGUAGAUAUCUCAAUGAGAAAGCCCUUUCCUAUAGGCUGGUGGCUGUGGACUUCACCAAGAUGAAGAGAGGUGUUGAUGGAGUCAUGCGCACCAUGAACACAGAGAAGCUGAUCAAAACGUUGCCUAUCAUUCAAAACCAACUGGACGCGCUGCUGGAUUUCCAGGCUAACCCUAAUGAGCUGACUAACGGAGUGAUCAACGCUGCCUUCAUGCUGCUCUUCAAAGACUCCAUCCGUCUGUUUGCUGCCUAUAAUGAGGGUGUUAUCAACCUGCUGGAGAAAUACUUCGAUAUGAAAAAAAACCAGUGUAAAGAUGCCCUGGACAUCUAUAAGAAGUUUCUGUACAGGAUGACCAAGCUGUCAGAGUUUCUUAAAGUGGCUGAGCAAGUUGGAAUUGAUCAGGGUGACAUCCCAGAUCUCACUCAGACGACUAGAGGAUCUUACCUUGCUCCCAGCAGUCUCUUGGAGGCUCUUGAGCAGCACCUGGCCUCUCUGGAGGGAAAGAAAACAAAGGAGCUCUCCGCCGACAACAGAGCCAACACUCUGUCCAAUGCAGUGUCGUCCCUCUCCAACACGGGCAUGUCCUUCUCCUUCUCGUCCAGCAGGAUGGAUGAGAAGGAGAAACAACUGGCCCUGGAGGAGGAGCAAGCCCGUCUGCAAGCUCUCAAGAAUCAGCAUCUGAAGGAGAGCAGCAUACAGACCCCCUCUGCCUCUCCCAGCACACAGUCUAUGGGUAGUGCCAACAACCACACUGCGGGCAUGGACCUGUUCACCAACACCACAAGCCCACCCUCAACAAACAGCAUGCCAAACCUCAACAGUGACUUGUUUGACCUCCAGCCUGCCUUCGUUCCUGCUGUGCAGAGCACUCCUAUCUCCACCGCCAGCAGUGCCUGGGGAGGUCUAGAAAGCAGCAUUCUUCAUCCCAUGACUUCCAUGCCCACCAUGAACGUAGAUUUUGAUGCUGUAUUUGGGACUAAAGCUUCCAAUAGUGAUGUGAAGCCAUCAGCUGGCUAUGAUGCAUUAGGCAACUUGAUGAAGCCCACGGUGACGGUUCACACUCAGGCGCCGGUCAUGGCUUCUCAUACAGGCAGUAAACUGUUGGCCAAUGACCUGGAUUCGUCCCUGGCCAACCUCGUAGGCAACCUGCAGUUUGGGGGGACUCAAGGCAAAAAAUCUGAUAUGUGGACUCAGCCUGGAGAGAAGAAGCUGACCGGUGGCACUAACUGGCAGUCAAAGACAAUGAGCAGCACCACUGCCUGGAGCCCCGCCCCCUUGCCACCUGCUGCCAUGCCACCUGCCGCCAUGCCCGUGCCACACAUGACUGGAAUGUUCUAUACUAGUUAUGCUCCUGCUCCCAUGGCGUUUCCCAUGACAACACCUCAAGUGCCUGUGUAUGGAAUGGUCCCUCCUCAUCUGGGACAAAUGGGAGGGGUUCCAGUAAUGACCCAACAGCCCAUGUUGUACAACCAGCCUGUUCUCAGACCCACUAACCCUUUCACCCCCAUCCCUGGAGCCCAGAUGCAGUUCAUGUAAGUAGCACUUAAGCAGAGCGCCAAACAGGACGGCUGAACAGAACAACAAGCUAGUGAGAGGAGGAUCCGACUACCACCAAAUAAAAGGAGAUCGAGACAAAAAGAAAGAGCGUGCAUAUGGAGAGGAAUGUGUUUGUGUCAAGAAUGCUUACUUCACUGUCUGAAACGGCUCACCCAGCACACACACCCCAGAUGAGAGCGCAUAGUGUGUCAUUUUUCAUCUCUUGAGGUUCAUUUCUUUCCUGGGGCACGGUGUCUACUGGCAGGUGUGAUACAUCAUAGAAAUCGUGGAUUUUAUUGCAGAUAUUAAAUUACCAUGUACAGAG